AUAUCAUACACCCUUUAGCAGCCUAUGACACGAAAUAAAGGUAGGGUUGAAAGAAAGAGGGGUAUUGCAGCGUAUGCUCACUGACUCACUGGGUAUGCGCGUGAAGGAUCCUGCAAAUGGGGAAGAUUCCAGUUUUUCGCUCCUUCCAGACCAGCAUUUUGGUUCUGACGCUACUUCGCAGCUUCGAUGCAAUGGUUUUGGCCGAAGAUGGGUUAUUGAGCAAUGGCGAUUUUGAGAGUUCAGCGAGCGGGAAUGGGACAUGGCAGCAGGGGACGGGAGAUGGGGUGGAGUCGCUGGAUAGCUGGAGCAUCCAGGGCACGGUGGAGUACGUCGGGGAUGGGCAGAGGCAGGGGAAUAUGUUGCUGGUUGUGCCCGAGGGGAGGCACGCUGCGCGUCUCGGCAAUGAGGCGCAGAUAAGCCAGGGAAUAAAGGUGGAGAAGGGAUCCACCUACUCUCUCACCUUCGCCGCCGCUCGGACCUGCGCUCAGUUGGAGUCUCUCAAUAUCUCUGUUCCUCCGGCCUCACGGAAUAUGGAUUUGCAGACUCUCUACAGUAGCCGUGGCUGGGAUGCCUAUGCCUGGGCCUUCCAGGCUCUCUCGGAUGACGCUGAGGUCGCUUUUCGCAAUACUGGCAUGGAAGAAGAUCCUACAUGCGGCCCGAUUAUUGACGCCAUUGCUUUGAAACAGAUCACUACGCCCGAGAAGGACAAAGGCAAUCUUGUCGUGAAUGGAGACUUCGAAGAGGGGCCUUGGAUGUACCGCAACGUAUCGGCGGGCGUGCUGUUGCCGACAAAUCUGGACGUGACCACAUCGCCAUUGCCGGGAUGGAUCGUGGAAUCAAACAAGGCAGUGAGAUACAUCGAUUCGGACCACUACACGGUUCCCGAGGGAAAGAGGGCAGUGGAGCUCCUUGCGGGUAAGGAAGGAAUAAUUUCACAGAUGGUGGACACUGAACCCGGUACAAAGUACACCAUGAGCUUUCUCCUGGGAAAUGCCGGGAACAAGUGCCAGACGCCCAUGGCGGUCAUGGCGUUUGCAGGGGACCAGGCGGAUAACUUCCACUACAGUGCUCCAGCAAUCAGAAUCUAUGAACCCAACAAUGUUACCUUUACAGCCAAAGCUCAACGCACCCGCAUUGCCUUCUAUAGUAUAUACUAUAAUACGAGAACUGAUGACAGGAGUUCUCUGUGCGGUCCUGUUAUUGAUGAGGUUAAAGUGGUUGAUUUGUCCAAGUCCAGUGCGGACCCUCGCAGCUUUUUCACAGUGUAUGGGCUCCUAAGCAGUUUGUUGGUAGGACUCUCUGUGUGUCUGUGUCUGUAGGGUGUAACUACCUUUAUUGAUUUGCCAGUCAAAAGUGUGGUCUGGUGUGUGUAGUGUAGUGUGUGUAGUGUAGUGUGUGUUAGGAUAAGAAAAAGUAGGAAUCUGUAUGCUGCACCUAAAAGUGUGUGCCUUACAAUACACGGCAAUUUUGAAAUGCAUGUACUAUUACUUUUAGUCUACCAACGUAAAUAAUGUGAUGAUUUGUUGAAUUCA